CUCUCGCGGCAGUUCAGACCUCGUGCUCGUACCCCUCGCCUGUCUGUGUGUGGUAUCCGCAGGUCCGAGGCACUUUUUGGGGUGUAUUUGCCUCUGUGUGUGUGUGUGUGUGUGUGUGUGUGUGUGUGUGUGUGUGUGUGUGUGUUGGGGCACGGAGUGGAGAGCUGGGCCGAGGGAAGGAAGGAAGCUGCAGAGCUCUCCGGACUUGGGCUACGUCUCCUCACCAGUAGUCUUCUGCCUGUGAGCUCGGAUCACUCUUGCUGGGAACGCAGCGCUGGAGCUAGGAGCAACGAGGACCCUUGGCUGAAGCUUCCCGUGCCCGCUGGAGUUAGGAUGCUGCUUUGCACCUACUGAACCUGGAGUUCCUCCCGGCCCCGGGAAGGGCUUGUAGCGGCGGCAAUAGCAGACGGAACAGCAGGCUCCUCUCCGAGGGGGGGCGUCGAAGCGCCCGCGCCGGGCUCCAACCCGCACCCGCCGGCGCUCCUGCGGCCCAGAGCCGUCACCUCCUGCCAGCCUCCUUUUUCUCCUCGUGAGCCGCUGGCCCCGCUGCCUCUGGAAUCUGACCUUCCAGCCCCGGAUGCUUGGGGCUGCCCCGGCGCGCCCCCCACCAAGCUCGACGCACUGAGCGAUCCACUGGGGCUCGGCGCACGCCCCUGGAGGGGCCCCCGGCCUUGGGACCCCGCGCCGGACACGACGAUGUCCUCGAAGCCCCCGGCUCUGACGCUCUGCACACAGCCGGGGGAAGGCGGCCGGCCGCAGCCCGCCGAGCCCUAGGAACACAAAGCCCGCGCCCGCUGCCCGGCCUCGGUACCGGCCGACUACUUUGCCGCCUGCUCCGCGGCUCUUUGUCUCCGCUUGGGGCGGGCGCCCGACUCUGGGAUUCCGCUGCGAAAGCGGAGUGGGGGGGCCGGGGGCGAGCUCUCGGUUCCCCGGCCGCCCCCCGCUCGGGCUCGGCUCCCCCCUCCCCCGCACCUCCCCGGCUCGGGCUCUCGGUGCUUCCACGCUCCCCGAAUCACGACCCCUCCCUGCCAUGUAUCCGCAAGGCAGACAUCCGGCUCCCCACCAGCCCGGGCAGCCGGGAUUUAAAUUCACGGUGGCUGAGUCUUGUGACCGGAUCAAAGACGAAUUCCAGUUCCUGCAAGCUCAGUAUCACAGCCUCAAAGUGGAGUACGACAAGCUGGCGAACGAGAAGACGGAGAUGCAGCGCCAUUACGUGAUGUACUAUGAGAUGUCCUAUGGCUUGAACAUUGAGAUGCACAAGCAGACAGAGAUUGCGAAGAGACUGAACACAAUUUUAGCCCAGAUCAUGCCUUUCCUGUCCCAGGAGCACCAGCAGCAGGUGGCCCAGGCGGUGGAACGUGCUAAGCAGGUCACCAUGACGGAGCUGAACGCCAUCAUUGGGGUACGUGGACUCCCCAAUCUGCCUCUCACCCAGCAACAACUCCAGGCGCAGCAUCUCUCCCACGCCACGCACGGGCCCCCGGUCCAGCUGCCGCCUCACCCGUCAGGCCUCCAGCCGCCUGGAAUCCCCCCGGUGACCGGGAGCAGCUCCGGGCUGCUGGCGCUUGGUGCUCUGGGCAGCCAGGCCCACUUGGCGGUAAAGGACGAGAAGAACCACCAUGAGCUGGACCACAGAGAGAGAGAAUCUGGCACGAAUAAUUCAGUGUCACCCUCAGAAAGCCUCCGGGCCAGUGAGAAGCACCGGAGCUCUGCAGACUACAGCAUGGAAGCUAAGAAGCGGAAAGCAGAGGAGAAGGACAGCCUGAGCCGAUACGACAGUGAUGGGGACAAGAGUGACGAUCUGGUGGUGGAUGUUUCCAACGAGGACCCCACAACGCCCCGAGUCAGCCCGGCACACUCCCCUCCUGAGAAUGGGCUGGACAAGGCCCGAGGCCUGAAAAAGGAUGCCCCCACCAGCCCUGCCUCUGUGGCUUCCUCCAGCAGCACGCCCUCCUCCAAGACCAAAGACCUUGGUCAUAAUGACAAAUCCUCCACCCCGGGGCUCAAGUCCAACACUCCAACUCCAAGGAAUGACGCCCCGACUCCAGGCACCAGCACAACUCCCGGGCUUCGGUCCAUGCCGGGCAAACCUCCAGGAAUGGACCCGAUAGGUAUAAUGGCCUCGGCCCUGCGCACGCCCAUCUCCAUCACCAGCUCCUAUGCGGCACCCUUCGCCAUGAUGGGCCACCACGAGAUGAACGGGUCCCUCACGAGCCCGGGUGCCUAUGCCAGUCUGCACAACAUCCCGCCACAGAUGAGUGCAGCCGCCGCCGCCGCCGCCGCCGCCUAUGGCCGAUCGCCAAUGGUGAGCUUUGGAGCUGUUGGAUUUGACCCUCACCCCCCAAUGCGGGCCACAGGUCUGCCCUCAAGUCUUGCCUCCAUCCCAGGAGGGAAACCUGCGUACUCCUUCCACGUGAGCGCAGAUGGGCAGAUGCAGCCUGUGCCCUUCCCACAUGACGCCCUGGCCGGCCCUGGCAUCCCGAGGCAUGCCCGGCAGAUCAACACCCUCAGCCACGGGGAGGUGGUAUGCGCCGUGACCAUCAGCAACCCCACCCGGCACGUCUACACGGGGGGCAAGGGCUGCGUGAAGAUUUGGGACAUCAGCCAGCCGGGCAGCAAGAGCCCUAUCUCCCAGCUGGACUGCCUGAACAGGGACAACUACAUCCGCUCCUGCAAGCUGCUCCCUGACGGGCGCACGCUCAUCGUGGGCGGCGAGGCCAGCACGCUUACCAUCUGGGACCUGGCCUCGCCCACGCCCCGCAUCAAGGCCGAGCUCACAUCCUCGGCGCCUGCCUGUUAUGCCCUGGCCAUCAGCCCUGAUGCCAAAGUCUGCUUCUCCUGCUGCAGCGAUGGGAACAUUGCCGUCUGGGACCUACACAACCAGACCCUGGUCAGGCAGUUUCAGGGCCACACGGAUGGGGCCAGCUGCAUAGACAUUUCCCACGAUGGCACAAAGCUGUGGACUGGGGGCCUGGACAACACUGUACGUUCCUGGGACCUGCGGGAGGGCCGCCAGCUGCAGCAGCAUGACUUCACCUCUCAGAUCUUCUCCCUGGGCUACUGCCCCACGGGGGAGUGGCUGGCCGUGGGCAUGGAGAGCAGCAACGUGGAGGUGCUGCACCACACCAAGCCGGACAAGUACCAGCUGCACCUGCACGAGAGCUGCGUGCUGUCCCUCAAGUUCGCCUACUGCGGCAAGUGGUUUGUGAGCACAGGGAAAGAUAACCUUCUCAAUGCCUGGAGGACGCCCUACGGAGCCAGCAUAUUCCAGUCAAAAGAAUCUUCGUCUGUCUUGAGUUGCGACAUUUCAGCGGAUGACAAAUAUAUUGUAACAGGCUCUGGUGACAAGAAGGCCACGGUUUAUGAGGUCAUCUACUAAACAAGGAUUCUAACAGGGCUGUCAGGCUCUGAGAGAAGCUGCCUCAGUGCUGAAAAGGAGACUAGCGAGCCCCCUGAGGUCGCAGAGGACAGGCCCCCAGAAGCGGGGAUCUGGGCUGCACUUUGGCUGUGCAGGGGCGCGGCCCGGCGUGGCCUGCACCUCUGUGGGCAUGGAUUGAUCUGUCUCUUGAACUCGGAUGGAUUUGCUCCUACUCCCCUAUAACCACGCUGGCAGAUGCUACCAAUAGAUUUAUAUGGAGGCUUAUGGCUCCGGACCCCCACAGACACUGAUGAAUCUUGUCUCUUCUUCCUCUUUCUCUUGCCCUGUCCCCUCCCUGCCUUGGGUUGGGGACACUGGAGUGGACCACAUUGUUGUUCCUAUUGUGCAGUGCACAAGGUUUGUGAAAAAUGUAAAUAACAGACUCCUCUCUGGGGCUGGUCAGUGGGGGAGGUGGCCCCUUCCCACCAGAACCUUGCCGUGUAUUUUGCCUGCUGUAUUUGCAAACCACGCGUGGUGGUGGCUUGUUUUUUUGUUCUGUUUUUCCUUUUUCUUUUUAAACAAGUUCCCGUGGGGAAAGAGGGCAGGGAGGGAGCAAUAGGAAGAGGGGUGGAAUGGGAGAACUUCCGGGGCGCAGUGGGGAGCUGCAGGGUGUAACCAGACAUCCCAGGGUGCCCCCUGUAGAGGUUGGGCAGCGUCAAGUUUGUCCGGAUGGCGCACCGGACAGACAGGCGGACAGGACUGGGCUGACAUCUGCAGGAACAGCUGGGUUUUUCUGUGGGUCCCUUCGCCUGUGUUGCAUCUUCCCCGUCUGUGUGUCCCCCGAGCCCUGCUUGGGGCACGCUCUUCAUCCGCGUGGUGAUCAGAGGUUCUGAGGGACUCCCUCCCCAGCUUUCCUUAACCUUCGGCGACAGCCUGCAGAGGACUCUGUUAGAGGGAAGUGUAGCCACUCAGCUCAGGGAGCCACCAGAGACAAACAGCAACCGAUGUGGGUGCAUUUUUUUUUUUUUUAAUUUGAAUAAAAAGAAUUAGAAGUGAUGUCCUUUUAUAAAACGCCUUCGCCCUUUCCUGCCUUCAGCCACUUCCGGUCCUGCUUCCUGCACCCCAGUCUGGGCAGGGCAGCAGGCUGUGGACUGCACACGGGUGACCCUGGCAGCGUUCCUGCCCUGUCAUGGGCAGCCAGGUUGCAGGGACGGCGGCGCUGUCUCCUGCGGGUCCCAAAUGUUCUGAGGUGUUAAGGAUUUUGUUUUUGUUUUCCUCUUUUUCUUUUAAAAGAAAAGCUAAGGGCCAUGUGGUUCCUGGUGGUGGGCUAUCUGUGGAUGUAGCAUAUGGAAGAUAAUUUUUAUAUGCAUUUUUAUGGAUUAUUUUAUAAUGUGACGUGCUCUGGCGCAAAGGAAGGAAGGAGCAGCUCCCCGGGGAAAUUGCCUGUCUCCUGGGCUCCCUGGCUGUGCUGCUGCCCGGAGGGAUGUGGCGCUGUAGCCAGGAGCCAGCGGGCACCCAGACUAGAGGUGUGGCAUGUCGGAUUCCUGUCGCACUGGGUCCCAGAGCACCACUUGCCACUUCUCAUUAAGGUUCUGGCCAGAAGGGAGGGCAAGGGCAGGAGAAAGUUAUUCCUGGAGAAAAAAAAUGCAACGUCAUUGUAAUGAGCUGUUUUUAUAUUUUUAAAAGUUAUUAUUUAAAGGUU